UUCGAACGACGAAUAAACAGACACAAGGCUAAUACCAAGUUCGUAUGGGCCCGCCCUCCUGAGGUCUAUAAACGAGAUGGCCGCUUAUCAGUAGAGUGCUAUACCUCGAAGAUAAUUCAUUACUCAUUCCUUGACACCGUAUUCACCGUCGGGUUCUUACAUGGGACUUUCUUUUCUCUCUCUUUUCUUCCCUCGCCGAUUGUUCGUAGUAGCGUUGUUCGUAUGUGUAGCAUGUGAAUACCAAUUCCAACUGCACCAGGUAGUAAAUCGAUCACAUAUAUAUGGAGUAAGGAUGCUAUACUUCCUGGACAGGAUUUAUCAGAACCGUACCCUGGCUUAUUCCCCUCGAGUCGUGAUCCCACCAAUCCUUCAUAACAUGCCAAUGCCAGUCAGCAAGCUCGAUACGCUCGCGUAUACCAGUUUGAUACCAAGUGGGAACCAAAGGGUGGUACAGGGACUACUGUGGGUGACAACACGAUUUAAGCAGUAUUUGAAGUCCCAGAGAAAGUCGAUAUGUGUCCCCUUGUGGCCCUUGAGAUUAACGAAAUCCUCAAGAUGAAAGGGACUUCCUGCACAACUGCUAUGGGAAGUUUCGCACUUGGUCGUCUUCGGCAAAUUGGUGUGUGUAUCAAUCUUCCAUAUAGAGUAUUCCAGCCGCUCUUAUUCUUAUGGCAGCGUAUACUUAUCCUUAUGCGUGUCAGGAGUGAUCGUACUGUAUGCUCACGCCAUUA